GAAGAGAGCCGAGGGGACUGAAAACCCACCGACCGACCGAAACCUUCCAACCAGUUGCUGUCGAGUGGCGGUGAGGGGAGGUUGCACGCCGCCCCUCUCCCCUCACUCACUUGGUUCUUGUAGAGAAAAAGUCACCGUCAUACUGCAUCUUGCCCUGUGCCCGCUAGUGACCGGUCCUGUGGGUUCCUGCUAGGUCAGCCAGUGUGCCUCAUGCCUGGAGGAAGGAGCGGCAACCUGCAGAGAAUAGGGGUGCACGUGAGGCCAAACUAGAGGCGGAUUGGGUGGCUAGCACUGUUAAAGUGGGUGUGCCAACAGCUCUCGGCCUUCCCCUCCCACCCUCUCUCUCUCUCUCUCUCUCUCUCUCUCUCUCUCUCUCUCUCUCUCUCUCUCUCUCUCUCUCUCUCUCUCUCUCUCAAAUAGCACGCCUCCUCUGUGCCAAGGUGUGCUUCGUGUCCAUGCAGCCGUAACAUCCAGGUUAAUUAAUCUACAUGCACGUCCGAUAAGUCAGUGUUGGGACGCUCACAAGACGGGUCGCUGUUCUUUAGAUGAUCAAGAUUUGUAGAACGACAGACAUGGAGACCAGCAACGAGGAAACAGACACUGAGGAGGAGGAGAAGAGGCGUUGGUGCAGAAAGAUGAAGCCGGCAAUGUGGUACCUGAUGAUGAUCGUGGUUGGUUUCUUCUACGUGUACCUGACGGCCAUCCAGUACAUUAGAGGCCAGACGGUGCACGAGCCGCCCUCCAACUACCUGAAGCAGUACGACCCACAGUACUUCGACGAGAGCCUCAUCAGCCCCUCCAACACACUGACGUUCGAGUACCACAACUACACCUCGAUGACCGACUUUCUGCGAGCCAUGAGCGCCACUUACCCGAACCUGACGGCGCUUUACUCUAUCGGCAAGUCCGUGCAAGGCCGUGACCUCUGGGUGAUGGUGGUGUCGUCCUCGCCCUACCAGCACAUUGUAGGCCAGCCCAAUGUCAAGUACGUGGCCAACAUGCAUGGGAACGAGGCUAUAGGAAGGGAGAUGCUACUACAUUUAAUUGAGAACUACCAAACGGAUGACUACGUGCGUUGGCUUCUGGAUAACACGAGAAUCCACAUCAUGCCAUCAAUGAACCCCGACGGUUUUGACGGUGGCGAGGGAGGGAACGUGUCAGGGGCGGGCCAGGGCAGGUACAAUGCCCGAGGGUUCGACCUGAAUCGCAACUUCCCUGACUACUUCAAGCAAAACAACAAGAAGAGCCAACCCGAGGCGGAGGCGGUGAAACAGUGGAUCUCCAAAAUUCAGUUCGUCCUCUCUGCCAACCUGCACGGCGGAGCUCUCGUCGCGUCCUACCCCUUCGACAACUCGCCAAACACUAUCAAGGAGUGCAACCUGAAGCCAUUAUGUGCAGUCUUCCAGCAGUUUACAUCAACACCUUCUCUGACGCCGGAUGAGGACGUUUUCAAGCACCUGGCUGGCAUUUACUCCUUCAACCACGGUACAAUGCACUUGGGUUUACCUUGCAAACCCGGUGCACCUGCCUUCACCAAUGGCACCACGAACGGAGCUGCCUGGUAUCCUCUUACAGGUGGGAUGCAGGACUACAACUACGUCUGGCAUGGUUGUAUGGACAUCACUAUUGAGAUGUCGUGCUGCAAGUAUCCCAUGGCGAAGGAAUUGGCCAAGUUCUGGGAAGAUAAUCAGAAGGCGCUGGUGCAUUACCUUGGCGAGGUGCACAGGGGCGUGCGAGGCUUCGUGAUGGACGCUGAGGGCCGCCCCGUGGAAGGAGCCUCGCUUAAAGUGAAGGGGAGGGACGUCGGCUUCCAGACCACGAAGUAUGGGGAGUAUUGGCGCAUCCUGCUGCCCGGACACUACAGUCUUGAGGUGUACGCCAGUGGCUACGAUCCCGCUGUGGAGGAGUUUUCUGUAGUGGAGACCAACCCAACACUCCUGAACGUCACCCUGUAUCGUGCCUCGCCCGAGCCAGACGUCCUGCCCAGCGGCCCGAACCUUCACCACGGAGCGCCUCAGCCUCCGUCACCCUCCGCUGCGGACCGCGUGAGUCAGCACCGUCGUCCAAGCUUCAUUGGGGGCCCGGGACAGCCGCAAGGAUCAGCCCCCAACAACCAGGGCGUAAUAUCUGGCUUCUUCUCCUCCAUCUCUGACCAGAUAUCCAGUGUCUUCAAGAUGUUCGGCUGAAUGGCUACUGUCUCUCCCCUUGUAGAUUAGAUAUGACUGAUUGUUGUUAGAAUGAAUGUUUUUUUAAUCCAGCGCCUUGGAAAUCUUUGGGAGUUCCCGCUAGAUGAUCAUUGUUAUACCCGUUAGCAGUGUUAAGAUGGAUAUGAUGUGAUGUAAUUGUUAUCCUCCGACUGUAGAAUUGUUUUUGGCGGGAGAGAUUUAAAGAUACGUACCUAAAUCGUUGUUAUCCCCCUGUUCUCCCCCUCUCCCCAUCAUCGGGUUCACUGUUAUCCCCCCCACCCCAUCCCGCCCCUGCCAACACGCACUGUCAGUAGCUUUGUCCUCAGCGGGAAAGGUUUCGUCGUUAUAGUUUUCGUGAAGCGGCGUGUAUUUUUUAGGCUGGAUGUUAUUGCAGGCGAUGUGUCGAGGAAUGAACUUUAACGUCGCUUUUACCAUAUUGAGAGACCGUGCGGCGAUUGUAGUAAUGUUGCGUAGGUUUGCAUUCCCUGCCACAGCGCCUGGAGGAACGUGACGCCUGCAGCACUGGAUUAGUAGUGAAAGUCUAAAGUCUGUUGUUGAUCGCAGAGAGGCUAAGCGAUGGUCAUAGUAGUCAUCGAGUAAUGUUCAAUUGUUAUGCAUUUCUCGCCACAUUCUUGUGAACUCGAGAUAUUUAAUAGAAGCACUGAAUUAAGAUUCUUCAGUUUGUUAUUGAUCGUAGAGAGACUAAGCAGUGAUUGUAGUAAGGUUCAAGUGAUGUUCGAUAGUUUUGCAUAUUUCGUCAUAUCGAACGUUACGUGUGAAGCGCUGAAUUAGUGGUAAAGUUCUGUAGUCUGCCUUGACGCGUGGAGCAAACUGUCUCGUUUAUUCAUCGAGAUAAAACACGUCUCACGUAGUACAAGCGUCUGGAUGUACAUUUGGUCGCUGAGAGGAAAGGCGCACUUAGUAGAGUAAGUACGAUAAGGGAGUAACGCAUGCAUAUUUCACCCUCAGGUCACCCCUAAGUUAUAUCUGUACUUGGGUUAACAAAGCUAUGUACAAGACCCUGCAGAAACAUAACGGCCAAAUCUUGCCACAUUGAUGCACCACUGCGAUCAGAAAGCAUCGCCAUUUACUACGAUAUUUGAAGGAAAACUUAUCACUGAAAAUAUGGUUAAAUUUCAGUUUCAGAGACACGAGGAGGAUCAUUUGAGGCUGUGAGUGUCCCAACAUGGUGCAAGGUGACCGGUUGCUGUUUCUUCAAGGUCUUCAUUCAGAACCCUUGCAGUGGUGCGUUUUUACUUCAACAGUGACACGUCGUCGCUUUUAUAUUGCGCAUGAGAAGCGAAUGAUCGGUGCUCUGUUCAACUUAACUUGACGGAUAGGUCAGUUUCCCCUUCUGGUUUACCAAGAUAGUAUUUUGAAUUUUUACGGAGCUUGCACUUUUCUUGUUUACGGAGUGGAUUAGAUUUGGUCAGAAAAACUGCGUUGUGUUCGUUAAGGAAGAAGACUGGACAAGACUGUUUUUGACUGGUUUACGAAGAUUGCGUUUUCAUCACUUUAAGAAGCUUGCAUUUGCCAGCUAGUGAUUACACUGGUUCAGUCUUAUACUUUCCAUAUCCGAUCCUGUAAUCUUCAUAAAUUGCUCUUCCCUCGUCGUCUCACAUCCCCCUACCAUGAGCACGCUCCCUGCCUUUGCUCCAUUAACCAACUCAACCUUCCUCUGCACUUCUUCAUUUUUCACUCUAUCCACGUCAAGAAAGGCUGGAUUAGGUUCAUAGAAUCGUUAGGAUCGUCGCAGCUUUAAGCAACAACGAAGCCAAGAACACUGGAUUUGACUAGCGCAUCAAGACCACAUUUGACAUUUGCCUGAUGCAGCAGGCCAGCGUUCGCUCCGUUGUUGCCGCAUCGAGAAGGAAAGGACGCACUCGUUCAAGUUGAGGUGAAGAGUCAUGGGCACCUGUUAGAUAGCGUAGUGGCAUUACAGAGGUAAGGUGACAAGUAGACAUUCACAAAGUAACUCGUUGUAGUCAGUAUAGAUAUUUAUUUUUAGUGUAGUUUCUUCAUACCUACCACGGGCCUUUUCAAAUGCACAUCAUCCUUUUCUCUGGUGAUAAAGACGAAGGAGAGAUAUAUAGACAUGAAUAUAUAAGGAGAAAAAUCACGCUGCAUGCCUUAAUUGUCUGUUACUUUUGACUAAUGUGAUGUUAGUGUAGGAUUAAGUGUGAUCUGUAUACUUUUAUUUAUUUAUUUAUUCAGCCUGGUCUGGAGAAAGUAACGCUGUGAGCGCCUGGGACCAGUAAGAUUAGUUUUGUAACCUAAUUGAAAAGUAUUGUGGAUGUGUUUUAGUACAUAAAUGUAGACCAAUACUGAAUAAGUACCACAGUCCCGUUACUUUUCAGAAAUGUCAGUGAGUAGCAGUGAGAUAAUAAUGAUGUUCCCUCCCUUUUUAUUAUUAUUAUUAUUAUUAUUAUUAUUAUUAUUAUUAUUAUUAUUAUUAUUAUUAUUAUCAAUGGGUAGAUCCAUUUCGCAUACGUCUGCCUUCCAUUAAGCUGCCUUUUCAUUGUUUAGAGCAACGUGGAUGACGCAGAAGCCUCAUCACACGAGCCUGUUUGUCAGACAGUCCUGUUCGGCGACGUGAAGUCCAUGACAAGUCGAAAAAAUCUCUCGUUUUGGGGUCGAGAAAUGCCAUUUUUCUCGCCACGGACAAAGGCCAUUUAUCAGCUGGAUUGACGGUGAUUUCUGCCGACCUGUCUGAAAUUAUGUCGCUGGAUCCUCUGCUGUCAGGGAGGCUGGUGUGCUGCGUGUCUUGGCGCCUCACCCUGCAGGUCCGAGGCGAGAAAGCAACCCUUACCGUUAUUGGUGUUAGAAAACGAGACAUGGGUGUGUCCUUUUAGGUGUUCAUGUGAUCCCGACAUGGUGUUCGCUGGAGGAUCUGGUAAACUGUGAUUCUUUUAUUAUAUUACUUAAUGUAAGUGUAUGUUGAUAUCUUCCUUUCCUUAAUGCACGUAGCAUAAUGACCAUUUAUGCAGAGUGACGUGUCUUCAAGAGGGUUAGGCGAGUGACGUGCGGUGUAGAACGAAAUUAUUGUCCAGAAGAACAAUUAUUUGUUAGAGUUAUGCUUGUUGAUGCUGUAUUGACAGAAAUGCUGACCAACUAUAUUUUUACUAUAAAAUGUCACUGUUUGGUAUGUACAUGUGUUAUUUAAAUAGAUAAUCAACAGUA